AUGUAUUUUGUGGAUACAGAUCCGUCAAGAAUUAAUUUCGUCAAUAAAAAUCGACAAGGAAAGGUUGUGGGUUUCCAUAGAAAAAAAAAAUUAAUAGAUUCGUACAAAAACAAAAUUAAAAAUGAACCCGAUCUCAAAUUUUCAAAAUUAGCGAGAAGAUUAUCAGAAGAAACUGGCAUUAGCUAUGAAACAGUUAAAAAAACUAUUGUAAAAUAUUUGGGUGGAAAACCAAUAACACAAAAAAAAAACCAAUAUGGACCAACGGUAAAUAAAGAAAUUAGCACUUUCGAUAAAUGUAAAAUUCUCCAAAAAAUUCAUAGUUUUUGGUUAAGACAACAAAUACCAACUUCAAAAAAUAUAUUACUCGCCAUCAAGGCUGAUCCCGGUCUUCCAUCACUCAACUUUAAGUCAUUGGCAAAAGUAAUUAGAGACCUAGGUAUUGAAUAUACGAGAAGCAUUCAUCAGAUGCGUGCUCUUACGGAGGCAGAAGAUAUUGUACUAUGGCGUCAAAAAUAUAUAGAAGAUAUACGGCGUUACCGAAAUGAAGGUAGAACUAUUUACUAUUUGCAAGAAACGCAGGUCAACGUCGGCAGAUAUUCAUCUAAAGAAUUAUGGGCCGAUGUAGAAUCUUCGAGAAAAGUCGAACAGAUGAUUGUCGUGCAUAUUGGAUCGGUCGAAGGUUUCGUGGAGGGUGGUCUGCUAUGCUUUGAGUCGGAAACAAAUACGUCCGACUGUGAUGACCAUAUGAAUGAAGACAUAUUUUAUGAUUGGUUCUGUAAUAUAUUGACUUUACUCGAGGAGAACUCGGUUAUAGUUUUUGACAACGCGUCACACUAUAAUUUAAAAAAUCACGUCCCCAACACGGCUUGGAAUAAGGAUUGCAUUUUAAAAUGGUUUGAAGGUAAAGGCAUAGUAUACGAUAGGUCAUUGAAGAAGGAUCAAUUAAUGGAAAAAGUGAAUGAGAUAAGACUGAUCUUUGACAACUAUAAAAGAAGUGUACAAGAAGCAAUAAAUCAUAAUAAAGCUGUUCUUCGUUUACCUCCGUACCACUGUCAUUUAAGUCCAAUGCAUUUAGCAUGGGAGGUUGUGGCCAGACACGUGAAAAUUAAUAGCUGCCCAUGUUCUAAUCUGGACGAUGUAUAUAAUCUAUUUAAUGAAGGGGUUAAACUAGUAACGACCGAGAUGUGGAUCGAUUACGUAAAUUCCUCAAUUGCGUAUGAAGACAAACUUUGGAACCUUGGUGUCAUUACCGAUAGUAUUUUGAAUUCAAUGAUAUAUCAUUAA